CUCCUCCACAUACACAUACCGCCAACAUGCGUCCCAUCCUCUUGUCCGGCCACGAGCGUGCGCUCACUCAGGUCAAGUAUAAUCCCGAUGGCGACAUUAUCUUCUCGGUUUCGAAGGAUCAUGUUAUUUGCGCUUGGUUUUCUCACAACGGUGAGCGGUUAGGAACGUAUCAUGGUCAUCAGGGAGCACUUUGGACGGUUGAUGUUAGCCCGGAUUCCGUUCUCCUGGCCUCUGGUGGUGCGGACAACACUUUGCGAUUGUGGGAGGUGCAGACCGGCAAACUUUUGAAGACCUGGGACUUCCCCACUGCGAUCAAGCGCGUCGAAUUCAGCCCCGAUGGUCGCCAGCUCCUCGGUGUCACUGAGAAGCGUUCCGGACAUCUUUCUACGAUCGUUGUUUACGAGAUCAACCCCGAUCCUGCUGCCGAGCAGACAAACGAGCAGUCUCUGAGAAUAGUCUGCGAGGACAGCAAGGCUACCGUGGCCGGAUUCUCUUACUUGGCGUUCUACAUCAUUGCUUGCCACGAGGAUGGAAGCGUCUCUCAAUUCGAUGCCAAGACCGGCGAGCUCCUUUUCAACACACAGGCACACGAGACGGACAUGCUCAUCACCGAUCUCCAAUGGAGCCAGGACAGGACAUACUUCAUCACUGCCUCGAAGGACAAGAGCGCAAAGAUCCUUGCCGCAGACAGCCUCGAGGUUCUCAAGACCUACACCACCGAUACACCCCUCAACUCGGCCGCGAUCACACCCGUCAAGGACUACGUUAUCCUCGGAGGAGGACAGGCCGCCAUGGACGUCACCACGACCUCGGCACGUCAAGGAAAGUUCGAAGCCCGUUUCUGGCACAAGAUUUUCGCGGAGGAGAUUGGCCGUGUGAGAGGCCAUUUCGGUCCCCUGAACUACGUCGCAGUUCACCCCCAGGGUACCGGCUACUGCAGCGGAGGAGAGGACGGAUACGUGCGAGUGCAUCAUUUCGACAAGCCUUACUUCGACUUCAAGUACGAGGUCGAGCGGGAGCGGGAGCAGCAAGAACAAGCGAACUUGUAAAUCUGUUCAGUUGUCCUAUGAUGCAUGCAAUGGCGUUCAGGUGGCGGGUCCGGCAGUCCCAAUAGAAAAGGACUGGAUCUCUUUUUGGGAGGAAUCGAAGGAAACAAAAAGUCUCGAACGGGCGGGAGCAUGUAGCCGCAAGCAAUAGACGAGGCUGUAGCUUGAAAAGACCUACAAUUGCAUCUUGCCUGCAAUUAAUACCACCGCUCUUGGCAGGUCAUAUAUUUUUCGGCGCUUGUCGCAAUCUGACUGGCCGGACGGGCCUUUUAGUGGGGUCGACCUGAGGGACCUCAUCCCCGACGUAGACUACGAGUACAAUCUUCCAUCAUUGCCAAAUAUCGCAUAUCAGAUUCCGAGUGAACCAUGGGGAAAAUGCA